GGGAGGAGGAGGGCGGGAAGGCGAGAAAGGGGCUCGCCACAGGAUUGCCCGGCCUGCUUCUCGGCUCGUUUGCGAGGAGUCACCGAUCCCUGCGCUUCUUCCAAGGAUCUCAGAGGUGGGCCGGUUUCAUCCAUGCCUUGAAUUGAUAGCGAGGCAGACACGACUCGGGGAAGCCGAUGGGCUAGGCGGCUGCCCGUAUGCGACAGUUGAUGAGACAACCAGGGGAAGAGACUCAUGGUGGGGGUGGGGGAGGAGAUAGUGCCCCUGCAUCGCAGCCGGCUAGCCGCUCCCUGGACCAUGCGGGAUUACGAUCGGAGUCGUGAUUCGUGGCGACACAAUGUCUGCGAGGCCUCCCCUUUCCGGGCGUCUCCUUUCAGUCUCGGUGGUUGCGUGAUUAGCAAACACUUGAGGAAACGGUGGAUCGACUCUCUUGGCUACAAUGCGAGGAGGCAGGACUAUACAGAGCGGGGAGCGGCCGCCGUGUCUGCCGCGGCCGGGGGAAGCAGCCAGCAGCAGAAGCGGGCCGACGCGGUGGUCUACGAGAAGCGAUACUCGAUGCAGCUCCAGCGCGCCACGUAUUACGAGUCGCCCAAGGCUAAGAGUAUCUGGUUCCCCACGGCCCCUAUCUACCAGCCGUCGCCCAACAUCGUGCGCAGUCAAUGCUACUGGUCCAACUGCGGCGCCGGGUGCCCGGCCAAUUACGUACCCGUGCCCCGGCUCGAUAUAGACGCGAGCAAGAACGAGUUGAUGCAGGACGGCGGGCAGUGUACUGGCGGCCGGCUGUGCCACUUCUGCUGCCCGUCGGGCAAGGCGAUCCCCAAGUGCGGGUGGUUUGACUUCUAUAACGGCAAGUACAGCAAGUUCGGCACCUGCCUGUCUGGCAGCGAGGAUAUUUUAGGCCCCUUGUUCCGCCAGCGCGAGGUCGGCUCGACCCAGACUGCUUGCAACAAUGGCAAGGCCCAGGUGGCCUGCUGCGAAACCAAAGACGAGGACCUCAAGUCGCUCGACUCGAUGCGCGGCUAUGACUGGCUCGACUGCAAUCUCGUCUCCGCCGAGCUCAAGGACGGCAACUUCUGCGAGGCCUCCUGCCCGACCGGUACCAUCCGCCUGGCCAUGGAGAAGCCGAAUGUAUACGACGACUGCAAGGGUGGCGCUCACGCUAUGUGCUGCAAGCCGCGCUUCCUCACCAAGGCCACUAACGACGCUGAGAUCCACGACGGCUACUUCCAGGCCCUCGUGAAGGUCCAAGCGCGCGACCAGGCCAGCCCCCAGUGGGUGUUCGACUGUAAGGUCGCCGCGGAGGGCACGGCCAACAUGCUAGGGAAUUGGAACGUGGACCCCGAUGUCCGCGAGAAGUACAUGGCCGAUUAG